AAAAAUCUCUACACCACCCAAAAACUCAACAUAAGAGAGAUGUCUACAGUCAAGGUCAACGGAGCCAAGAACGGCGGAGAACGUAAGGUUUUGCCUACUGGUGAAGCCGCCGCUAAGUACUACCCUGUUUUACGCGAAAAUGUCCCUAAGAAGACUCGUAAGGCUGUUCGCCCUACCAAGCUCCGUGCUUCUUUACAACCCGGAACUGUUUGCAUAAUGUUGGCUGGUCGCUUCCGUGGUAAGCGUGUUGUCGUCCUUAGCCAAUUGGAAGACACUCUUGUUGUUACUGGUCCCUACAAGGUCAACGGUGUUCCCCUCCGUCGUGUCAACCACCGUUAUGUGAUCGCUACUUCUGCCCCUAAGCUUGAUGUUUCUGGCAUCCCUGUCGAGAAGUUCAACAAGGCUUACUUCGCUAAGUCUAAGCGUAACGGUCCUCUUAAGAAGGAUGAAGCUUUCUUCGCUGAAAAUGCUCCUAAGAACGCUCUCCCUGCCGAACGUAUUGCUGACCAAAAGGCUGUUGAUGCCAAGCUUCUCCCUGCCAUCAAGGCUAUUCCUAACAUGAAGGAAUACCUUGCUGCUUCCUUUGCAUUGUCUAAUGGUGACCGCCCUCACUUGAUGAAGUUUUAAAUCCGUAAACUUUGGCAAUAGGUAAAUCGAUCAUUGUUUUUGGCACUUGCAGGACCUUAUUUAUCAUUCUGGUUAGUUCUGGUGCUUUUGUAGCUAUGUAGCCAAGUUUUUAUGGAUGGUUAGAACAAGGAUGGUUUCAUACUCAAAUAGUUCACUAACGUAAUUUGGUUUAUUGGAUUUUGUAAACUUGAAACCUUGCAAUACAAUGUAUUCUCAUGUAUCGAUAUUAAGUAGUGUAUUAAAGGUGGUUUGUUUUAUGCAUACGAAAAAGCAGGG